GUUGCCUUUGCUUUUCUUUAACAUGUAUGGGAAUUCUGAUUUCAUUUUGUUCCAUUCUAUAUUUUUGUGAAUCUACGGAGUUUUUCAUCCGUGUGGGUUCUCGAGAACCCUUUAAUCCGUGUUGGACGUUUAUUUCGAGGGAAUUCCCUCGUAAGUGACAUUUUCUUGAGUAUUGUUAUUAGAAAACUGGGUAAUCGCACCAUCAAUCUCACUUACAGUGAUAUCCCUACCAAAGUAUUGAGAUGUUCCACAACAAGUAAAGUGCAGGCAUGCAUUGUUAUCGUACUUGUUAAUUAUGUGGUUCACGUUUUCGUGUCAUAGUUUUAUUUUAAGAUUUUCAUUUGCUGGGAAAUAGUUAUUACGUCUUGAACAAACGGUCACUUGGGAGCCUCAUGCAAGUAUUUUGUAGUGCUUUGCUGAAAUAUUUGGAAUUUGUAGUCAGUAGAUAUAUUUUUGCGUAAAUUGACGUUAAGAGUUUAUUUUUGUCUUUUUUUGCUAAAACAUUUUCAAGAUUCCUCAAACAAAACAGCGGAGAAGAUGAGCGGUAGAUGAAUUUGUGUUAUGUAAUAAUCAGGGUAUGUUUAGUGAAAUGUAGCGUCUAUGAGUAGGGCUGUAUGUCUUGGAUGUGGUGAAAUGAUUUACUAGCAAUCAAAAGGGACUGCAGGUCACGAUUACUAAAGAUAACUCAAAUCCAUGGAUACAUUUCAAAUUUUUUGACCUUGUCAUAAAGUCUAUCGACUAAAUGCUUUAAUAAAAGGGGUUUUGUCAGCAUAACGAAGAAUAACUUAAAUAUAGAUAUAGGAAGAAUUUUGACUGGUAGAUUGGACUAUGUGGGAGACGUGAAAUUUUAUAUGGUGAACUAAUAGAGUGAUUAAGACUAGAGAAUUUUCAACCUGAAAGGAUUCAGCGACGCGUUAUGAUUCAAUAACUACUUCUGUAUUUCCGACCAGUAUUUUUAGUCUGUUCUUCGUUGCUAAACAGUGAUAGUUUGUCUUCAUUUAGGAGAUUUGUGGCAUAGUUAGGUAGAGGAGUGCCGUCUUUGAUUUUGGUUAGUGACUAAUUAUUGGCAGUAUUAAUUGUUGAAUCCACCAGUAAUUACCCGAUUCCAUAAGUCUUUUCUUACCACUGUAUUGUAUUAAACGUUUAAAAAAAUCUUUUCACAUAGAUGUCCGCCUUUCGAAGAAUAGGUAAAAGGCUUGUUUUGGUUGGAGCAAUAUCUGGCGUCGGUGCUGCAUUUUUAUUGGAAUUUGUCCCCAGAGUUAAUGAAGCAAGAAGGACGAAGGCUUUACUGUCGAGACUUAAACCUUCAGAACAGGAGUUCAAACGUUUUGAGCGACCCUUGCCGACUAGAGAUGAACAUCUCAAAAGAAUGGCAUCAGGUGAACUUUUCGAUGUCUUAGUAAUUGGUGGUGGGGCAAGUGGUGCUGGUGUUGCGUUAGAUGCUGCAUCUAGAGGUUUAUCAACAUGCCUUAUUGAAAGAUUGGAUUUUGCUUCGGGUACCUCCUCUCGUUCAACCAAACUUAUUCAUGGUGGUGUUCGAUACCUACAAAAGGCUAUAUUUAAUUUGGACAUUGAACAGUUUCGUAUGGUUAAUGAGGCACUUAGUGAACGGUCUAAUCUAAUCGAUAUUGCUCCACAUCUAGCCUAUCCAUUGCCAAUCAUGUUGCCCAUAUAUAAAUGGUGGCAGGUUCCGUAUUAUUGGGCUGGUAUUAAAAUGUACGACUUAAUAUCUGGUGCUCAAAUACUAAAAGCCAGUUAUUAUCUUAAUAAAUCACAGGCAUUAGAACGAUUUCCUUUAUUGAAACGUGAUAAACUAGUCGGUGGGUUAGUAUAUUAUGAUGGCCAACAAGAGGAUGCUCGUAUGUGCUUAAGUAUUGCAUUAACUGCGGCUCGUUAUAAUGCUGCGAUUGCUAAUUAUGUUGAAGCUGUUGAAAUAAUUAAACAACCAUCUCGAACUAAAUCAAUUUCAUUGAAAUCAACAUUGGAAACAACAUCUGAACCAGUACCUACAGUAUCAGGUGCACGAGUUCGAGAUAGAUUAACUGGUAAAGAAUUCACAAUCAAUGCUCGUUGUGUGAUUAAUGCAACUGGACCAUUUACAGAUAGUAUACGACAAAUGGAUGAUAAAGAACAACCUACUAUUUGUCAACCCAGUUUAGGUGUUCACAUUAUUCUUCCUGGUUAUUAUAGCCCUACUAAAAUGGGUUUACUAGAUCCAGAUACGCGUGAUGGUCGUGUGAUCUUCUUUUUACCAUGGAUGAAUUAUGCGUUAGCUGGCACUACAGAUACUGAAUGCAAUGUUACUGAUCAGCCAUCGCCUUCUGAAGCUGAAGUGAACUUUAUCUUGGAAGAAAUUAGUAGUUAUCUUUCUCCGGAAAUCCAAGUUCGUCGUGGUGAUGUACUGUCAUCUUGGGCAGGUAUUCGACCACUUGUUCGUGACCCAAAUUCUUCUGAUACACAAUCGAUUGCACGUAAUCAUAUUAUUGAUGUUUCGCCAUCUAAAUUGAUAACAAUUGCUGGUGGUAAAUGGACAACUUACAGAAGUAUGGCAGAAGAGACUGUGGAUAAAGCGAUAAAGGUAUGUGAUCUUAAACCAACUGGUCCAUGUCGUACCAAAGGUCUUCUUUUAGAGGGUGCUCAUGGUUGGUCACCAAAUCUAUUUAUACAAAUUGUUCAAGAAUAUGGUAUGGAUGUUGAUGUGGCACGCCAUUUAACUGGGAUUUAUGGUGAUAAAGCUAUCACUAUAGCUAAUAUGUCCAAACUAACUGGUUUAAGAUGGCCAAUAUUAGGUAAAAAAUUACAUCCUGAAUUUCCAUUUAUUGAAGCUGAAGUGGAAUAUGCAUGCCGAGAAUAUGCUUGUCAUGUUGUCGACUUUCUUGCUCGUCGUACUCGUUUAGCAUUUUUGAAUGUACGAGCUGCGGAAGAAGCUUUGCCAAGAAUUGUUGAUUUAAUGGGUGAACAUUUAAAAUGGAACAGUGAGAGAAAAAAGCAAGAAAUGCGUGAGGCAGAGAACUUUUUAAGAUCUGAAAUGGGUCUUGGUCUGCGUGUUAUGGAAGGUGUUCGUAUGGAUUUGACCAUUGAAGAAAUUAAUAAUCUUUUACAAAGUUUCCGUAAACUUGAUCAUGGCACUAAAGGAUAUGUUUCAUUGGAUGAUUUACGCAAAUUUUGUACUGAAUCUGGUGAAUAUGUUAGUGAAGAAGUGUUACAAUCUACUUUGAAUACAAUGGAUAUUAAUAAGAAUGGACAAGUUGACAUGUCAGAAUUCUUACAAUUUAUGAGUGCAAUAAAAUCUGGCGUUGUUGUCAACUCACCUCUAAAGAAAGGGCUCUAA